AUGGCUACGAUACAAAAUGUGGACAAUCCUAGAACUCAGAGCAGCAACAAAGAUGCAAUGAACAAUGAAAUUUUGCCUGCAUCUAGUGAGGACAAUCAGAUAUCAGUCAAGGUAUACAAAAAGAGAUACAAAGAGGUUACAUCUGAUAAUGAAGACACUCCAAGAAGGUUACAGCGGAACCACUUCAAAUCUAUGAGCAAUAUCAAUGAGGAGUUUAGAAGGGAUGUGAAGAGGAGCAGCAUUAGUGUCAGUAAUGUAGAUCUUAGUUUACAUAGUGAGGAGAUUAAGAAGUUUGAUCGGUUGCAGAUACCGAUUGUGGGAUAUGAAGUGAUGGAGGAACGUGCUAGAUUCACAAUAUAUAAGUUAAAAGUGGAGGAUGAUAAACGCGAUCAGUCAUGGCUGGUCUUCCGACGGUACACUGAUUUUGUUCGGUUAUACAACAGGAUUAAGAGUGAACAUCCAAAUAUAAUACUUCCACUACCAGGAAAAAGAUGGUUCAGAGAUAACUUUGAACCGGCCUUUUUGGAAGAGAGAGUGCGUGGUCUCCAAGUCUUUAUCAAUGCGGUUCUUAACAAACUACCCAACCAUUCGAUGGUACGAGAAUUCUUCUGCCUAGACGAGCCUCCUCAAGUCUUCACAUACCAACCGGAGGUGCAAGCAGUAUAUGGAGCCCUGGAGGACUCGAUAACUACCCUCAAAAUGCAGUUGAAGCAAAAGGACGCGACAAUAAUGCACUUGCAAAAGCAGCUGGCUCAGAUGGAGGUUAAAGUUAAGGGAUGCCCUAAUUGUUCAGUGCAAAUAUAG